GCGGGUCCGGGUGGGUCCUCCCGCCUGGCGGGCGGCCCGCGGACCCCGCACUUCCGGCCAUUGUUCGGGCGGCCCAGCCAGGGCGGCGGCGAAGAUGGCGGAGGGUCGGGCGGAGGCGGCCCCGGACCCCCACGAACACAUGGACCUGAAGAUCGUCAAGGUGGAGGACGAGUCCCUGUGGGAGAAGGAGUGCGGCCCCCAGAGGGACGAGCCCGUCCCCGACACCUUCGGCCAGCGCUUCCGCCGCUUCCGCUACCAGGAGGCGUCGGGGCCCCGCGAGGCCCUGGGCCGCCUGCGGGAGCUGUGCCGCCUGUGGCUCAGGCCCGACCGGCGCACCAAGGAGCAGAUCCUCGACCUGCUGGUCCUGGACCAGUUCCUCGCCAUCCUGCCCGCCGAGAUCCAGGCCUGGGUGCGCUUCCACCGGCCCGAGAGCGGCGAGGAGGCGGCGGCCGUGGUGGAGGAUCUGCAGAGGGAGUUCAACGGGACGGGGCGGCCGGUCCUGGUGCGAACCCGCGGACGGGACACGCCGCCGGAGGAGGGAGCGGCGUCCGGGGGAGCCUCGCUGGACUCGCCCCGCUUGCGGCCGGAGCGGCCGUGGCCCCGGCAGGGGGGCCCGGAGCCCCUCGCCCUGCCCCGGAGCGAGUCGGAGUCGCGGCCGGAGCCGGGGUCCCGGGCGGCGGCGAGGCAGGAGGCCCCCCGGGCGGCGGCGGCGGCGGGGGGCGGGCCGGCGGCGGACCCCCGGCCCUUCGCCUGCCCCGAGUGCGGCAAGUCGUUCAGCCUCAAGUCCAACCUGCGCAAGCACCAGCGGACGCACACGGGCGAGCGGCCCUACCCGUGCCCGCACUGCGGCAAGGCCUUCAGCCGCAACUCCAACCUGGUCCGCCACCUGCGCAUCCACACGGGCGAGCGGCCCUACGCCUGCCCCGAGUGCGGCAAGGCCUUCAACGUCAGCUCCACCCUGCUCUACCACCAGCGCACCCACGCCCGGGCCCGCGAGGGCGGACGCGCCCCGGCCCGGCCCGGCCCCGGC